AAUCUCUAUUUCUGUAGCAGUAUCCAUGACCACACAAGUUCACACUGCUUUAUGAAACUCCUUCAAGGAAACCUAAAGGAAACUUUGUUUGAGUGGCCUGGCAAAAAGGGAGUUGGAGAGAUGCUGAAAAAGUCAGAAAGGGUGUUAAAGAGAAAUCAAUGUGCCUAUAUUAAUGACUCCAUUGGUUUGCAUCGUGUGGAGAACCCAAGCCAUACUGAAACGGCUGUUAGUCUCCACUUGUACAGUCCACCAUUUGAAACCUGCCAGACCUUUGAUCAAAGAACUGGGCACAAGCAAAAAGUUAAAAUGACGUUCUAUAGUCAGUUUGGAGAAAGGACUCCUUAUACUUCAGCAGUUUCUCAAGAGAACAACUGAGAAGCACAAAACUUACUGAAUUGUAUAUUAUUUUAUUUUGUUAGGAUUUGUUUGAGCAAGAGCAGAAGAAUUAUGUGGUUAAUACUAGUACCAAGCUGUAUCUUUAUGCAGGACUACAUAGCUCUCCUAGAUGAAAAACAGCUUCUUAGCUAUGAUUCCUCCCUCCCUCUAACACUAAAGGAAGUGCAGAAUAUAGAAGACUCUUGCAGUCAACCAUCAAAUAAGAGCUGGGGGGUGCCUCUUAUUAGUUCUACUUCUGAGACUGUGCACACGGACAUUGUACCUAACAGGGCCUCAGAAUGAAUGUAUACCAGUUAAACUAGUUGUGUAACUUGUUAAACUCCAUGUUAACAAUAAUUCAUUCUUAUCUAGUGUAUACUUUAUGAUGUAAACAGAAUUCUUUUUAUCCUGGAUAUAAUGAUUUGUUGGAAUUUUUAAUUGUGCAUUUUAAAAUCUAACGUGUAAGUUCUGUAUUUUCUUAAUAGAGGCAAUAAGGAAUAUCUUGUACAAUGUUUUAUUCAGAAAAAGGUGUCUGUGGUUAAGUUAAGGGUGAUGAAUGGGCUCAACUUCUAAUGUUUAAGGUGGGUUGUAUUAUUAAAACCUGUCCAAUUACCUUAAUAAAACGGACUUUUGGACACACUUGUACUAUUGAUUUUCUAAAAAAUGUAGUGUUACUGAUGAAUUUGGUCUGUUCAGUAAGUGUCUGUUCAGUAAUUUUAUUAGACCCAGCCAUUACAAAGGACAAGGGGGAAAAGAACAGUGAUUUUUUUUUAUUUUCUCUAAAUCAGGGAUGCUU